ACUCUCUCCUCUCGUCUUCAGUCUUUCUAAACUUUCACAGAAGGCCUAAAAUUUCAAAAGUUCCAUUUCGCAAUAACUUUUCCAGAAAAAUCAAAAACUAUAAAUCUGUUGGUUCUCCUCUAAUCUGCAUUUGCGUUGUUAAACCCUAGAUUUCAAAAACAAAUCUAGCUUCUUUUUUCUUUUGAGAUUUAUUUACAUUUUUCUACUCUCUUCUAGGUCUGAAGACUAAAGCUUCGUUCUUUCUAGGGUUCAGACCAAACCCACCAUUGUUGUUCUUUUUCUUAACUUGGGCAAUUUAGGGUUUUCUUGAGGGUAGUAGUGUUCUUCAUAAAGUUUCAAUCUUUCAACUAAAAAAGCCUCAAAACCCCAAUUUGAAAUCUCUGUGUAAUUUCAAAGGUGUUAGAUGCAUGGACGGGAGAGAAGCAAUGGCAUUUCCAGGCUCUCAUCCUCACUACUAUCUCCAAAGAGGAGCCUUUACGAAUCUCUCACCUUCCCAGGCCGCGAGUGGCCUCCACGCGCCGCCGGGGAUGAGGCCGAUGCUAAACCCUAGCGUUCAUCACAACCCUCCGGCCAACAAUCCUGGACCUCUGUUCUCCAUGGCUGACCACCACAGACACUCUGGUUUCGGACACAGCAUUCACAUGGGGAUGUCUUCUUCCUCUGCUGCGGUGGAGCACCAACCGCCGCCGCCGCCGCAGAUGGAGACGCCGAUGGUUAAGAAGAAACGUGGACGGCCGAGGAAGUACGCUCCUGAAGGUCAAGUCUCUUUGGGGCUUUCUCCUAUGCCUUCUUCUUCUUCUUCUGCUAGUAACAGAGCUAAGGACUCUACUGCAAUGACUGAUCCAAAUGCUCCUAAGCGAGCCAGAGGUCGACCUCCUGGAACUGGAAGGAAGCAACGACUCGCUAAUCUUGGUGAGUGGAUGAACACUUCGGCUGGACUUGCUUUUGCACCUCAUGUCAUCAGUGUGGAAGCAGGAGAAGAUGUUGUUUCGAAAGUUAUGGCGUUCUCACAGCAAAGACCUCGGGUUCUUUGUGUAAUGUCAGGGACCGGAACCGUUUCUUCAGUCACUCUGCGUCAACCCGCUACAACAGAGCCUUCUUUAACAUUCGAGGGACGUUUUGAGAUUCUAAGUUUAGGCGGAUCUUACUUGGUGAAUGAAGGUGGUGGACCCAAAAGUCGAACAGGCGGUUUGAGUGUCUCUCUUUCUGGUCCGGAAGGUCAUGUUAUUGGCGGUGGGAUUGGAAUGCUCAUUGCAGCCAGCCUCGUUCAGGUGGUGGCUUGUAGUUUUGUAUACGGAGGAGUUGCAAAGCCUAAUAACACUAACAAGAUUAUCAAACAAGAGAAUAAACCAAAGGAAGAAGAGCACGACAACAGUGAAAUGGAGACAACACCCACUAAUGCACAAGAAGCACCAGUGGCUCAGCAGACGCCACAGAAUUUCUCAGGUCAGGGAAUGAGUGGAUGGCCUGGUUCAGGGGAAGGUUCAGUCUCAGGCUCAGGCUCAGGCAGAUCACUUGACUCUAGCAGAAACCUACUCACAGAUAUUGACUUGACUCGCGGAUGAUUCAAAAACGAAUGAGUAUUUGAUCUUUCUUCCUAUUUACUACCACCACUACCUUCUUAGCUAUUGAAGCAGCAGCAGCAGCAUAUAGAAUGCGAGUGCUGUAAAUAGAUAUCUUUGUUGUUGUAGAUUAUUCUGGGAAUGUUAAAAACCAGAAAUCUCAGAGGACUCGGACAGAUCUCUGAUAUCCUUCUAACAUUGUUAAUGUAACAGAACCCCUCUCUCUCUUUUCAGGUUAUUUAAGGAGAUGUUUGACUA